UGCCUGUCCGUUCCUCUUCCGUAACUGUGGUCGGUCUUGAUCGGCGGAGGAGAUGUCGGCGGCGUACGGGAAUGUGGUGUCGGGGAAGCUGAAACUAAAGGGGAGGCCCCUGGAUGUGAAGCUGAACGGCGUUUACGGGGGCGGGAUGACGUCCAAGAGGGCGAAGAACAAGAAGAAGAAGUACAGGGGUCGUCUUCUUCAACAACUCUGCGAGUCCGCGAUAGAUAAUGCCGAGAGAAUAAACACCAAAGGCCAAGAUGAUGGGAGGAGACUCGCUUCGGCGUACUACAACCGCCUGACGCCAGCAGAGAGGCGGUUUCUCCAGCAGACAGAGAAGAUCGAACUGGAAAGGCUGGCGAAGAUGGCCAGUAAGUCGCACCGCGACCGGGUCCAGGAAUUCAACCAGUACCUGGCGAAUCCCAGUGAGCGCUAUGACAUUCCUAAAGUUGGGCCUGGCUAAGUAAAACUCUGCACUCAUUACCAUGUGUUAGAAACAACAUUAAGUUGUUGUUGAAAGAAAAGAAAUUCCGCUGAAUGGAACUGUUCUGAUCACGGUAUGCAAGAAAGCAAACUUUUAUGUUCUGUGUUAUGAUUGUGGCAUCUCUUGGAAGACAACGGUGGAAGACUUGUUGGUUUUAUGUAUUGUCAAACUAAAUGCAUUCAAUGGCUUCUGGGUCACUUCGCCUUC